CUCUUCUCCUCUCCUUCUAUAUGAACUCCUUUCCCACUUCAUUCCAACAAACGGUGAAUCCCAACCAGCUCCUCCCUCUACAACUCUGCGCCUUCCACCGUGAGCUCGCGCAUCAGAGGCCAUGGCCUCGCACAUCCUUCCCAAUCUCCUUCUACUCCUCGCCUUGUCUGUCUCCCGGUCCGCCGCCGGUAGCGCCACCUCACCUUACCUCCGCCCACCGCCCAGAGAAACUCUAUCUACUCCCCUCCCCGACGACGCCGACGGCACCACCCCCCAGCAGGUGCAUAUUUCAAUGGUGGGUAUGAAUAGGGUGAGAGUGACGUGGAUAACGGAAGAUGAUGCGCCGGCAACUGUGGAUUACGGGUUGCAGGAGGGAAAGUACGGUGAGUCGAGCACGGGAUCUACAUUGACUUACAGUUUUUCCGCACUUUACACAUCGGGGAAAAUCCAUGAGGUGGUGAUUGGGCCGUUGGACCCAGAUUCUGUCUAUUAUUACCGUUGCAGUGGCAAUCCUGCCCGGGAGUUCUCCUUCAAGACUCCUCCAGCUAGCCUUCCUAUCAAAUUCGUUGUUAUCGGUGAUUUAGGCCAAACCGGUUGGACAAACUCAACCCUAAACCACAUCUCCCGGUCCAACUAUGACAUCCUCCUCCUCCCCGGCGACCUCUCAUACGCCGAUCUCAACCAGCCCUCCUGGGACUCCUACGCCCGUCUCGUCGAGCCACUUGCCAGUAGCCGGCCAUGGAUGGUCACCGAAGGCAAUCAUGAGAUCGAAACCAUACCUCUCAUCGAAUCCACCCCCUUCAAACCUUAUAACGCCCGAUAUCAUAUGCCCUACGAGGAAAGCACCUCCCCUUCAAACCUUUUUUACUCGUUUGAUGCCGGCGGCGGUGCCGUACAUGUCCUUAUGCUCGGCUCCUACACUGACUUCGAUGCCAGCUCGGAUCAGCUCAAAUGGUUGCAAGCUGAUCUGGCCAAGCUCGACCGGUCCAAGACCAAGUGGUUGUUCGCCCUAAUACAUGCUCCAUGGUACAAUUCCAAUAAAGCACAUCAAGGGGACGGCGAGGACAUGAGGGAGGCUAUGGAAGAGACUCUCUAUGCUGCUCGCGUAGAUGCCGUUUUCGCUGGUCAUGUCCAUGCCUACGAGCGCUUUGCACCUGUGUAUAAUAGCAAAAAGAACCAAUGUGGGCCGCUACACAUCACAAUAGGCGACGGGGGCAACAGGGAAGGGCUUGCGAACAAGUACAUUGAUCCACAGCCGAGCAUCUCUUUGUUCAGGGAGGCGAGCUUCGGACAUGGGCAGUUGCAGGUUGCGAAUGGUACCCAUGCACUGUGGAGCUGGCACCGAAAUGAUGAUGAUGAGGCUGUGGUGGUUGAUAGCGUGUGGAUAUCCAGUCUUCUUUCCAAUCCUGCUUGUCAUAAAAAGAAUUAAAUGAUGAAAAAAAAUAUACUGUUAUUUGUAUAAAAUAUUGAGUUUUAAAACAUUUUUCUUUUUCUUCUGC